AUGCGGAGAGAAGAAGAGAGCGGCGGCGUGCAGUUGAGAGAUGAUUAUCAUAGUUUUGAUGUCGGGACAUCUAGGACGGAUGAUGAAUAUCAUAGCUUUGAAUUCAACACAUUUGGGAGGGAGGUUGAUGAACAACUAGAUGUACCAAAUGUGACAUGUGAUGGUUAUGAUGGUUCAGAUGGUUCUGAUAAUUGUGAUGGUUCAGAUGGUUCUGAUUGUGAUGGUUCCGAUGGUUCUCAACCAAGUGAUCUUGAUUAUAGUGCAGAAUCAUGUGAAGAUUCUACAGACGACGAGACACUUGAUAUGAUGGUUGAGAAUUAUCCUUGUAAAAAGAGGCUGCAGCAGUACUUGCUGCAGCUCCAGCGAAACCCUCUCAGAACCCAGAUGAUAACGGCGGGAGUGCUGUCGGCGGUGAGUGAUGUUGCAGCGCAAAAGCUUUCAGCCAUUCAGAAGCUUCAGCCGAAGCGACUUCUUCUUAAAGUGAUAUUUGGGUCAGCUUAUUUAUGCCCUUUAAGCCAUUAUUUCCACAUAUUGCUGGAUAAAAUUUUCAAAGGGAAGAAGGACACAAAAACUGUAGCUAAGAAGGUGGUACUGGAGCAACUUACAAUUUCACCUUGGAACAACCUGAUGUUUAUGAUUUACACCACAGCCUCUCUCAGCUUGCAAUAUCUUUUGCUCAUGCAUGUUAUCGGGAGACCCUGGAUUCAUACAAAAUCUAAAAUCAAGAAGGAAUAUCCAACUGUCAUAUAUAUGCAUCGUGGACAUUUCCACCUGUGGUUGGAUGGGUAAAUCAUCAGUACGUUCCACUGCAAUUCCAUGUUAUUGUCCAAGGCGUCUUUGCUUGUUUCUGGGGAAUAUUUCUGAAUCUAAAAGCGAAAUCUCUGGCACCUGCUAAACCUUGAGAAGGAGAGGAGGAAAGGUGCCUUGUUUGGUUUUGGACAUUGUCAGCUUGUUUUAUGUAUAUAUAUGUAUUCAACAUCCAAAACUACAAGCUGUAUUAUUUCAUUAUGCAUUUGAAGUUUGAACUAAUUCUGAUUCCUAUAACGUUGGAUUGAAUGUGAAUAUGAAAUAUUUCAACAUUUAUUCAUCCA